AUGGAUGGACUUUCGUCUGCAGCCAGCGUUAUCGCGGUCAUUCAACUUACGGGGACUGUUGUGAAGAUCUGCGGGGGGUAUAUUCAGGAAGUGAAGGAUGCGCGAGACGAUAUUAUUUCUUUGCAACGGACGGUUGCAGAUCUUGAAGUUAUUCUCCAGAAACUCAGGGAACUCCUCCAGGAUCCCCGCGGCAUAAAGCUAUUCACCUCGUCGCUGGUCAAUAACAUUAGCGAUUGCCUAGCAUGCCUUGUGGCCGUGGAAAAGAGAAUUGAUCUUGGGAGAAGAAAGCGAAUGAUGAAACGACUCGGAAUUCGAGCUUUACGGUGGCCUUUCAAACGCAGCGAAGUGGACAGAAUUAUCACCAACCUCGAGAGGUAUAAGUCAUUCUUCACUUUAUCUUUGCAGGUUGACCAGACUACUCUCUUGACCGGCGUGGCUCAAAAUACUGACCGAAUCGAUCUGAAUUUGGGCCUCGACAAGUUGCCGGUCGCGCGUGGGGCUCAGUUUGACUCUUACAUGAAUCAACAUGAGGAUGAAUGUCUCCCAGGCACCAGAGCUGAGCUCCUUCGCCAAAUUACUGAAUGGGCCAGGUUGCCGCAAGCUAAAUACAUAUUCUGGCUAAGUGGCAAGGCAGGGACAGGAAAAUCGACUAUCUGCCGAACAGUGGCAAAAUCCUUCAGUGAGGCGAAGCUCCUCGGAGCGAGUUUCUUCUUCAAGAGGGGGGAAGGUGACCGCGGAAAUGCCACGAAACUCUUUCCUACAGUCGCGCAGCAGUUAUUAAUUCGCAUGCCUAAGUUGAGAGCGAGUGUCCUGAAAGCACUCGGGGAUGAACCGGAUCUUGCAGGCAAAUCGCUCAAGGAGCAGUUUGACAAACUACUUCUUCAUCCACUAUUGAGCUUAGACUCAACCAAGGGACAAGUGCCGACCAUUGUAAUAGUUAUUGACGCAUUGGACGAAUGUGAGAACGACAAGGAUAUCGGAGUUAUACUCCAAUUACUACCACAGCUACGUGCGUCAACUGCUGUGCGUGUGCGAAUUUUCUUGACAAGCAGGGAUGAGACACCGAUCAUGUUAGGUUUCUCGGAAAUUGGAAAUCAUCAUGAGAAUCUUGCUCUUCAUAAUGUCCCCGAGGCAGCGACGGAACACGACAUAUCUCUUUUCUUGCAGGACAGAUUUGCAAAGAUCAGAGACCAGAGAAAAGUCUCUCCAGACUGGCCUGGAGAUGAAACAGUUCAAGCACUGGUUAUGCUGUCUGUUCCAUUAUUCAUUUCUGCCGCCACUGUGUGCCGAUUUCUUGAUGAUUCAAAGUGGGACCCAGAAGUACGCCUUACAGAACUUUUGGAGGACCAAGCGAAAUAUGCGACGAAAAUGGAGAAGACUUAUCUACCGAUCCUUACCCAACUCCUUAAGGAUCAAGAUGAUGACGAAUCAGAACAGCUGCUGCAACAGUUCCAGCAAAUUGUCGGCGUUAUCAUCCUCCUUGCUAUUCCUCUUUCGGUCAAUUCGCUCUCUAAGCUCCUCCGUACCAGAGUCGGGGUUAUAAGGAAUCUGUUGAAUUCAUUCCAGUCCGUUCUCCAUAUACCUGGUAACCAAGACAUGCCAGUCAGAAUAUUACAUUUAUCUUUUCGAGAUUUUUUGGUUAACUCCAGGGGAAAGUUCCGCGUGAAUGAGCAGCAGACACAUAAAAAGAUAACCAAAUACUGUCUUGCCGUCAUGCGAGAUGGGUUGAAAAGGAAUAUUUGUGACCAAUCAAGCUACGGAACUCAAAGGAAGGAUGUCGAUGCCCAGUUAUACCAACAACACUUACCACCGGUAUUGCAAUACUCUUGUCGUUAUUGGGCACACCAUCUGGCGCAAUGCCCAAUCCCCGCCGCUGAACUGGAUGAUGCCCUCACAUUUCUCCAGAAACAUUUCCUGCACUGGAUAGAAGCAAUGAGCAUCCUAGGUCAUGCUUCUGAAGUUGUGGGAAUUAUUAACCUACUGCAGUCAUUGUCACACAGAGAUGAAAACCACGAACUAUCAGAGUUUUUGCAUGAUGCAAGGCGGUUUUUCCUUAAAAAUCAACAAAUCGUUGACGACGUUCCCCUUCAGAUUUAUUACGCGGGACUUGUAUUCGCACCGAGGAUGGCGCUGAUUCGACGGAAAUUUGCAGGAGAGCUUCCAAAUUGGAAUACUUGGAGCGCAGAAUUGCAAACACUCGAGGGCCACUCAGGUCCCGUUCGCUCGGUGGCAUUCUCGUAUGAUAGUUGGCUACUGGCGACUGGCUCUGAUGAUAACACUGUCAGGCUCUGGGAUGCAGCUACGGGCGUCUUACAGCAGACUCUCGAGGGCCAUUCAGAUUGGGUUCUAUCAGUGGCAUUCUCGCAUGAUUCUCGGCUGCUGGCGACGGGCUCCAAUGACAACACAGUCAGACUCUGGGACACUGCCUCAGGGGUCUCCCAACUAACUCUAGAUGGUCACUUGGAUACGGUUCGAUCGGUGGCAUUCUCGCAUGACAGUCGGUUAUUAGUGACCGGAUCGUAUGAUAACACAGUCAGGCUCUGGGAUGUAGCUACGGGCGCCUUACAGCAGACUCUCGAGGGCCAUUCAGAUUGGGUUUUAUCAGUGGCGUUCUCGCAUGAUAGUCGGCUGCUGGCGACCGGCUCCAGUGACAAUACAGUCAGGCUCUGGGAUACGGUCACGGGCUCCCUUCAGCGGACUCUUGAGGGCCAUUCAGACCGGGUUCGAUCGGUGGCAUUCUCGAAUGAUAGCCGGCUCCUAGCGACCGGCUCCGACGAUAACACUAUCAAGCUCUGGGAUACACCCGGGGGCUCCCUAAAACAAACUAUUGAGGGCCAUUCAGAUUCGGUUCGAUCAGUGGCGUUCUCGCGUGAUGGACGCCUGCUAGCAACAGGCUCUGAUGACAACACUGUGAGGCUUUGGGAUGCAGCCACGGGUGUCUUACAGCAGACUCUCGAGGGCCAUUCAAGUUUGGUUCUCUCAGUGGUAUUCUCGUACGACAGUCGACUGCUAGCGACAAGCUCAUAUGAUAAAACUGUUAGGCUCUGGGAUAUGGCCGCAGGCGCCCUAAAAAGCACUUCCAGGGGCUGUCCAGGUUCUGUUCUCUCAGUGGCGUUUUCGCAUAGCGGUCGGCUGCUAGCGACUGGCUCUGAUGACAACACUGUCAGGCUCUGGGAUGCAGCUACGGGCGUCUUACAACAGACUCUUAGGGGUCAUUUAGAUUGGGUUCUCUCGGUAGGUUUUUCACGCGAUGAUCAGCUACUAGCGACUACUUCACGUGAUAAUACAGUCGGACUCUGGGAUGUAGCCACGGGUGCCUUACAACAGACUCUUGAGGGCCAUUCAGAUUGGGUUCUCUCGGUAGCAUUCUCGCGUGAUAGUCGGCUUCUGGCGACGGGCUCCAGGGACAACACAGUCAGGCUCUGGGAUACGGUUACGGGCUCUUUAGGACGGACUCUUGAGGGCCACUCAGAUUGGGUUCGAUCCAUUGCAUUCUCGCACGACGGUCGGUUGCUGGCGACCGGCUCUGGUGACAACACGGUCAGGCUCUGGGAUAUGGCUAGGGGUUCCUUACAGCGGACUCUUGAGGGACAUUCAGAUUGGGUUCGAUCCAUUGCAUUCUCGCACGACGGUCGGCUGCUGGCGACCGGCUCUGGUGACAGCACAGUCAGACUCUGGGAUAUGACCACGGGUGUCCCGCAGCAAACCUUAAAUGUCAAAGGAUUAGUCACCAAUCUGGAAUUUGCUGAAGAUGGGUUAUACCUAAUGACUAACCUGGGAUACCUCAACACUCACAUCCCGUAUGAAGAUCAUACCUCCGGUUCACCCAAGGCGCGGACUAUCCGAUUCUUAGUAGAGGAUCAAUGGUUGACCCUUCGUGGCGAAAAGGUACUGUGGCUUCCUCCGGAGUAUCGACCUGGCUGUUCGGCAGUCAGCGACAAUACUCUUGCUUUGGGACACUCAUCGGAACGGAUUUCUAUCAUUGAGUUUCGUGCGUAA